AUGGUGGUAUUCUUCAUCCCUCUUCCUCUUGUGGCCCAAGCCUUGGGAGAAGUAGACACAGCCUUCAUCCAAGCCACCGAGCACCGCCCAAAACUCGCCAUUGUCGAAGCAGACGACAUUCCACUGAUUGAUCUCUCCGUUCUAAACUCCCCCAACUUGUCGAAGCCUGACACCGCAGCCACAAGACCUCUUAUAUUCGAGAUAGCUAAGGCCUGCAAGAACUGGUGUUUCUUCCAAGUGAUCAACCAUGGGGUGCCAUUAGAAUGGCGAAAAAACCUUGAGAUCACGACGAGGAAGUUAUUCGCUCUAUCAAAGGAGGAGAAGAAAAAGGUGAGGAGAGAUGAAGUGAACCCAUUGGGGUAUUAUGAUACUGAGCAUACCAAGAAUGUUAGAGACUGGAAAGAGGUGUUUGAUCUUAUCAUACAAAAUCCAACACUGUUUCUUGCUUCUCAUGAGCCUGAUGAUAAGGAGUUGAGAGAGUAUUUUAAUCAGUGGCCCGAUAAUCCACCAGAAUUGAGGAUUCCCGGUGCCCUAGUCAUCCUCGCUCAAGACGAUGUUGGAGGACUCGAAAUGAAGCAGAAAGCAAAUGGAAAGUGGAUUCGGGUCAAACCUAUUCGUGGUGCUUAUAUUAUCAAUGUUGGUGACAUUAUUCAGACUACUCAUACAAAAAAUGAGAGGUUUGUCAUGCUGACAAUGUCAUUUGGUGUGUGUGAAUAUAUAUAUAUAUAUAUACAAGUUUGGAGCAAUGAAAGGUAUGAAAGUGUGGAGUACAAGGCAGUAGUGAAUUCUGAGAAAGACAGGCUUUCCAUUCCAUUCUUCUUCAACCCAGCCCACUACACCAUGGUGGAACCCCUAAAAGAGCUGACAGAUGAUCAAAACCCUACCAAGUACAAGGCAUAUAACUGGGGGAAGUUUUUCGCAACUCGAAGAUGCAGUAAUUUUCAGAAACUUAAUGUUGAAAAUAUUCAAAUCUCUCAUUUUAGGCUUUCACAGAAAUAUGGUUAA